ACCAGUAGCCAACAAAACCAGAAAAACAGUACCCAAACACGCCAACAAACCAAACCAGUAUACAAACACUUCAAAUUGAACCGCUAAUGAUCACACACGUCUAAUGUUGGUGUUGAUUUCUGCGAGUUUCAGAUUCAGAAUCGUACAUCGAUCUCUUUCACUCGAGCUACCAAACCCAACUCUACUAAGAUGGGUUUCAAGUUCCAGUUCCAUCAAAGCCCCUUCACUCCUUCAAGACCCACAACACUGCAUUCGCAUUUUCUGCAAUGCCAGGCAACACCAGAACCCUGCAGAGUGCGAGCUUGCAUUGGUUUCCGCACUCAAGUCAUGUUCUUCCAUCUCAUCCCCUUCUCAGGGCCGCCAAAUCCAUUCACUGGCCUUGAAACUUGGAUUCCACUCCAACACCUUCAUUCAAAACAGCUUAAUCAACAUGUAUGCCAAAUGCGGUUCAAUUUCUGAUGCCCGGUUGCUUUUUCAGGCUUGUCCUGUGUUGGACCCUGUAUCCUGUAACAUUAUGAUUUCUGGGUAUGUGAAAGCUGGUCAAUUGGACAAUGCCUGCCAACUGUUUGACAUAAUGCCUGGUAAAGGUUGUGUCUCCUACACAACCAUGAUCAAGGGUCUUGUGCAAAAUGACUGCUUUGGAGAAGCCCUUGAGGUUUUCAAGGACAUGAUGUCUGAUAGUGUGGUCCCUAAUGACUUGACUCUGAUGAAUGUGAUAUCUGCUUGCUCGCGUUUUGGUGAAAUUUGGAACUGUCGAAUGAUUCAUGCCUUGGCGAUUAAAUUGGCCGUUGACGGGUUAGUCCUUGUUUCGACGAAUUUGAUGCAUGCGUACUGCCUUUGCUCAGGCGUAGGGGAAGCGAGAAGGUUGUUUGAUAAGAUGCCUGAGCGGAAUCUAGUUACGUGUAAUGUGAUGUUAAAUGGAUAUUCAAAGACAGGCCUUGUUGACAUGGCGAGGGAGUUGUUUGAGAGAAUUCCUGAUAAAGAUGUGAUUUCUUGGGGCACAAUGAUUGAUAGUUAUACCCAAUUGGAUUGUUUGCGUGAAGCUUUAAUGAUGUAUCGUGCAAUGCUAAGAACUGGACUGGGACCUAAUGAAGUCAUGAUGGUGAAUUUGAUUUCAACAUGCGGUCGUCGGACUGCAAUUGGUGACGGUCGGCAAUUGCAUGGAACAGUUAUUAAGAAAGGCUUUGACUAUAACAAUUUUAUACAGACUACGAUUAUCUCUUUUUAUGCAGCUUGUGGGAUGAUGGACCUUGCCUCUUUGCAAUUUGAAAUGGGUGUAAAGGAUCACCUAGAAUCAUGGAAUGCUCUUGUUGCUGGAUUCAUAAAAUGUGGAAUGACAGACCAGGCGAGGCAAGUCUUUGAUAAGAUGCCUGAAAGAGAUGUGUUUUCGUGGAGUACCAUGAUUUCUGGCUAUGCACAAACCGAACAGCCCAAGAUGGCACUUGAAGUCUUCCAUAAAAUGGUAGCCAGUGGAAUCAAACCAAAUGAAGUCACCAUGGUGAGUGUAUUCUCUGCAAUUGCCACAUUAGGCACAUUGAAGGAAGGAAGGUGGGCCCAUGAUUACAUAAGUAGCGAAUGUAUUCCUUUGAAUGACAAUUUGCGUGCUGCUCUGAUCGAUAUGUAUGCAAAAUGUGGGAGCAUCAACAGCGCCUUACAAUUUUUCAAUCAGAUUCGAGACGAAGUCUCUUCUGUGUCCCCAUGGAAUGCAAUUUUAUGUGGGUUAGCCUCACAUGGAUAUGCAAGUAUGUGCCUAGAGGUGUUUUCUGAUUUGCAUAGGUAUCAUAUUAAACCCAAUCCAAUUACAUUUAUAGGAGUCCUAAGUGCUUGUUGCCAUGCGGGGCUGGUUGAGUCUGGGCGGAGAAUAUUUAAAAGCAUGAAGAGUACAUACAAUGUGGAACCAGAUAUCAAGCAUUAUGGUUGUAUGGUUGAUCUUUUGGGCAGAGCAGGGCUAUUAGAGGAAGCUGAGGAAAUUAUUAGGAGCAUGCCUAUGGAGGCCGACAUUGUGAUAUGGGGAACUUUAUUAGCAGCAUGUAGAACUCAUGGAAAUGUCAAUAUAGGAGAGAGGGCUGCAGAGAGUUUGGCAGGGUUGGCACCAUCUCAUGGUGGAGGUAAAGUACUACUAUCAAACAUAUAUGCAGAUGCAGGAAGGUGGGAAGAUGUAUCACUGGUAAGAAGAGUCAUGCAGGGUCAGAAAAUGGAGAGAAUGCCUGGGUGCAGUGGUGUUAUAAGAUACGCAUAAUAGGAAGAGGCGCCUGUUUCCACAGGUGAAGGGAACAAAAACUGGGUUUUAGUUUGAACAUACAUAGAAUGAUUAAGUUUCUUGUGGUGGUAUAGAUGGGUUGACUGGGGUAGAAAUGGGAUAGUGCUGAAAAAGUCUAGAAAUAAAUCCAAUCAGUAUCCUUUAACAAUUGUCCAUAAUUUGUGUCAAAUGAGAUUCAGCCUACUUAUAGUUCAUUUGAACCUACUACAGAAACUAACCAUCAUCAUGGUAAUUGCAAAAUUCUUCAAUUAUAGUUUUGCUCCAAGGUAUAAAUUAUACGCUACUUAUUGUGUUGUUUGCUUUUUCUCUUUAAAACUAGAAAUAUUGAUAUUUUUAUGGUAAUUUAGUUAACCUAUUGGUUUGUACAUUUAUUUUCAAGAGAACAGGACCUUAUGUUCCUCAGUUUGAUCUUACAAUCCAAUCUUUGGUGAACCUUGACCUGUCAGAGGAAAGAUUGUAAUUAUGAUGAAAACAAUGAUAUGAGCAUGUAAAAGUAGUGGCCCACUUGGCUUUUGAUUCCCCUGGAUUGCAUUAAGAAAAGUUACCAGGAGGGUUUCUACUUUAGCAUGAAUGUUAAAGUCAAUAACGUUCUUUGUUUGUUAUAUUCACCUUAAGUUUACAGAAAAAUAAUUGCAGAAUAGAAGCUAGCUUAAUUUUUGUUUGUUUUUUUUGGGGUAAAAAUUGUCAAUAUCUAACUUUAUGCAUCCCUAGAUUUGCUAAUUUAGCUGUCAGCUGAUUAAUAUUUUGUUGGAUAGUGCGUCAUUUGGGUACGUAGAAUAGUAUGGCUUUUGGCUGUGAGCAUUUUGUAUAUGGGUCUUAUCUCUUUCAUCAAGGUGGAUAGCAUAGAUACUUUGUGCUACUACUUUGGCUUCCUAUGGGCCUAUUCUUGUCAUCGCCUAUAAUACCUCUACCUCCCUGGGUUGGAAAUAUUCUUGUUAUCUUGUACCUUAAAACGUGACUAGCUUUUCUGGAAUUAUGAUUUGAUUGUCUCCCCAUGUUGAAUGUUUAAUUUUAUAUCUUUUCACUAAUUAAAAUUGUUGGUGUCACCAGAUACUGUGACUUUGAGCGUAGGUACUAAACGUAAUUUGCUUUAAACAGAAGCAUGAUUUCUCAACCAUGUUUUCCUUGUUCAACCAGUUUAUAACUUCAAAUCGGUGUUUAUGAAUCCUUUUUUGUCUGAGACCCUCAGUAUCCAGACUUAUUUCAUGACUAGUUUGAGUAGAGCAUGUUAAUCCACCUAAGGGGAUAAAGUUCUCUUGAUGCCUUUUUUUGCUUCCAAUUCAUAAGGUUCAAGACUUCAAGUAUGAAAUUUUGCUGAAGAUUAAACAAACUCUUUCCUUCUCAUACCAUUACGCAGUAGUAUUAGGUGUUUUAUGAAUCCAUUAAUAGCUUGCUCGGUUAUGCGGUCGGAAGCCCUAUAAACACUUGUAAGGAGAAGGAACAAAGUGCAGCUUCUGGUGUUAUCGUGUUUUGGACUGUGUACCAAUAGUCAUUCAAACAUGCUAUAAGUAUAAAGCAUAUGAUAGUUUAACUUUUCAUCCUUUUCUGCUUAUGUAAAUGAAUGCUCUAUUGUCACCUAUACUUCACCUCAGUCUGUUUUUUUCAGGGUGUUUGACUGUGAACUUUGUUCUGGAACUGUUACAUGGUGUUAUAUUUUCCCUCCUAAACUUUCCUGUCAUCCCACAAAAUGUUUAUUCUAAAGUUGUGGGCAUCAUUUACUUGAAAAAGAAAAUUACAUGAGUUCAUGGUGAUCUGUUUCAGAAACUAUUGCCUAUCCAUUUAAUCAAAUUUAUUGAAUACUUGAAG